CAACACAGCUGAAAGCCAGAUGAAAGCCAGCCACCCCCUGUUUGCUCAUGGGUGGAGUGAUUCCCUGUGGCCACAGACAGAAGCCUCACUGAUACUUGCUGGGUUCGACGAACUCAGAGCAACAUAUACGCACACGCUCAUCCACACAGCGGGCUGUGAGCUGGGAUGGUAGCGGAGGAGAUAGUGGUCUCCCUUACAGGAGGAGCCCCCUGGGGCUUCAGGCUGCAGGGAGGAGCAGAGCAGCAAAAACCUCUACAGGUGGCUAAGGUACGCAGACGCAGCAAAGCCUGCAGAGCUGGACUGAAGGAGCACGAUGAGCUGGUUGCCAUUGGUGACCAAAUGUGUGCAGAGCUCAGCCAUGCUCAGGCCAUGAGUCUCGUAGAUGCACAGAGUGCUACACUCAGCCUGAGGGUUAAAAGGUCUGGAUUUCACUCCUCAUCUGGUCGCUCUGCAUCGCCUCGCUCCCCCAUGAGGGUUUUGUCUCCCCCUGCUGCCCCGUUAGCCUCCCACCAGCCUCCCCUGCUCUCCCCUCCUGGCAUACCAAAGGGCAUAACUUCACCUCCAGACAGCGAGGCCUACUACGGGGAAACAGACAGCGACGCAGACACACAGGCACUCCCUCACCGACGCCCGCGCCGCACACCUCCUCAUGCGCGCUCACCUGCUCGCUAUGACAACCAAGAGGAGGAGGAGACCUCAGAGAUGAGCGGGUACGAGAGCGCCACAGAUCCAGGUGUUUCCCUGCAGGGUCAGUGGGAUGCUCAGUUUCUUCCCGGUGUCCCUCGCAGAGAGCUGAUCUAUCAGCCUCUCCAGACAGAGUGGGCCACACCAGCACACACUCCACACACUCUGACCCCUCACACAUCAGACCAGGGGCUGGUGGAAGCAGAGGGAGAGGUUGACAGUGGCUUCCAGGAGGCGGGCGGCUGCGUUGGUCUCAUCUGCUCGCCACUGGUGUCUCCUGAACGGGCGAAAGAGGCGAUGAUGUUGGGCUCCAGCAAACAACUGGUGCCCAUGGUAGGACCACAGCAGACACCUGUCAGUGACGAACUCUCCACCUCCUACAAGGAGAAAGCACGGCAAGCCAAGUUGCAGCGUGGGGAGAGUUUUGUGGAGAAACAGGUGAAAGAAGCUCGUACUAAAUGCCGCUCUAUUGCGUCCCUGCUGACUGACGCUCCCAACCCCAACUCAAAAGGGGUGCUUAUGUUCAAGAAACGCCGGCAGAGGGCCAAGAGGUACACACUGACCUGCUUUGGUAAAGCUGAGGGAGACACAGGAGGGGACACAGAAGGGGAGACAGGAGGAGAGACUGAGGAAGAAGGAGGGAGUUCCAUCCUAAGUGGCUCAGAAGUUGACGAGGAGGGAUUCUCAACGUCCUUUGACCCGACGGGGGACUCUGGUUAUCUGGAUCUGCUGGACAGGAAAAGCUCAGCCUGUCCCUCAACUACACCAACCACUCCAACAACACCUAAAACCAAUUUCAGCCCAGGGCUGGACAUCUGGAGCAGAUCCUGUUUGUGA